AUGCCAGACGAGUCCCGAGCUAUUCAGGAUGAGGGGAAGCCCGGAGCAGAAACAUCGCAGGUGUCCUUGGUGCCAAAUGUUGUUGUCUCCAGUGUUAGGGAGGACAUAGUUAGUGGGCGUAACAUCAUUGAGCUGGAGGACUUCACAGACAACUUAAAGCAUUCUGUUAAAAACAGAAAUGGCAGAACACGUAGUCUCAUCGUCGGAGGUAAGUCAAGACACGGUGAAUCCCAGGUUUCUGUAGAGUUGGGGGUGGUCAAGACAGCACAGGCCCCCAAACCAAAGAAAACCACCUCUUUGGUGAGGCGAGCAGGUGCAGACCCUGAUAAACUGCAAAAUGACAGCAGGGCUUCAAUGCAAAAGAACAGCUGCAAUGACUUGGAUGGCUGUGCUAAUUUAAGUGCCGAUUCCUGUGACAGAAACCUGUUUGAAAAGACAAGCUGCAUCUCUCCCGUCAAUCUAUCUGAGUCCAGCUUGGACACUGCUCAGACUGACAAAAACUCUAAAAACAGUCAACAUGAGAACAGCAAUUUCGAAGCAAGCCUGACUGCUAGAGCAAAAGCAGAGAACUCACUAGGCGGAGGUUUGCCCGAAUUUCCUGACGUUUCCUCCAGCAUCAACCAAUCCAGGGACAGCAUCGACAUCCGGCUGGCCAAUGAAGAAGACGACAGAGACAGCGACAGACGGAGCAUCUUGUCUAGGCAGACUGUGAAAGAGGGGUUGUGCUGCUGCUAUCAGGCCACCCACAGGGCUUGUAUGCGGUGUGUGGAGGAGACUCCGUAUAUGGUGUCGGGACUGGUGCUGGCGUUGGUCUUCAGUUUGGUCAUCAUCAUCGUUCUUGCAGUAACAAGGGAUGUUAAAUUCCAUGUGGCCGCUCUGGCCAUUGUUAGUAUUGUUCUUUGCCUGACCACGACCCUGCUCGUCUGCCUGCCCUGGUUGGCCACAGUGAGGCGAUGUCAAGGAGCGCUGGCCCUCUUCGUUUGGGCGAUCCUAUACAUCACCGCCAUGGUCUUUGUCUUCACAGGCGGACCUGUCACUGCAUGGGAACAGGUCGCGUUCUUUCUCUUCCUCUCUCUCAGCGUGUACACAGUGCUGCCUCUUUCCUGGGCCUGGGCCCUCAUGGUCGGGAUAGGGACCAGUGUUUCACACAUCAUCAUCAUCAGCGUCUACGUUUCUGUCACCAGCCAAAAGACAUCAGACCUGGCUGUGCAGCUGGUCGCGAACGCUGUGCUGUUUGCAUGCGUGAAUGGCGUGGGGAUUUUUCACCUGUGGAUGACUGAGAAAGACCUACGGCUAUCCAAUCACAAGAGAGAAGAGUACAGCAGCAUACGCUCCAAGAAGAAAAUAAGGAAAUAUCAGCAGGAGCAGCUCCUGCUGUCCGUGUUGCCACGGUACAUCGCUAUGGAGCUGAAGACGGAGGUGAUAAACAAACUCUCGAAGCACAAGAGCAAUGACGAGAAUCAAUCAAAUCCCCACAACUUUCACAGCCUAUAUGUGCGCAAGCACAGCAAUGUCAGCAUCCUGUAUGCUGACAUCGUGGGCUUCACAAAGCUAGCGAGCACCUGCACGCCCGAAGAGCUGGUCGUUACGCUCAACAAGCUCUUCGGCAGAUUCGACGAGAUUGCCAAGAAGAAUGGGUGUCUUCGCAUUAAGAUCCUGGGGGACUGCUACUAUUGUGUGUCUGGUCUGCCUGACCCCAUUCCCACCCAUGCCAAGAACUGUGUUCAGAUGGGGCUGGACAUGUGCACUGCCAUCAGUGACCUGCGAGAGGCGACGGGGGUGAACGUCAACAUGCGGGUAGGCGUUCACACGGGCAACGUGCUCUGCGGUGUGAUUGGCUUGCAGAAGUGGCAGUACGACGUGUGGUCAGAUGAUGUCACUUUAGCCAACCACAUGGAGUCCGGAGGUCUCCCCGGGCGGGUCCACAUCACAGAGGAGACACUGCAACACUUGAAUGGAGCGUACAAAGUGGAGGAAGGGAACGGGGAGACUCGUGACUCUUUUCUGACAGGCAGAAAAACAUACCUGGUGAUUGACCCCAAGAAGCCAGACCGUGUUCCUAGGAGGGCUGUAAAGCCAAGCCAUCUCACACCAGGGGAGAACAGGCAGCGUGCGUCACUCCGGAUGUCUCAGUACCUCCAGUCCUGGAAGAGUGUCAACCCCUUCGAAGGCCUAAGCAACCCUGAGGCCAGACACACCAGGAAGUUACCCACUGAACGACCGCCUUCUCAAGACGACUGUUUGGUUGUUGAUAACAGUGUGAGGGGAUCACUGGACACGCUGGACAUUAAGAGGAAGAGGGGAAAGAAACUCAACUGUUUAACUCUGCUGUUUAACGACAUCAACUUAGAGAAACAGUUCCGCUUUUCAGAGAUGAAUGGUUUGCACCACUCAAUGAGCUGCUUAGCUCUAGUUUUCAUCACUCUUUUCACUGUCCAGAUGCUGGUCUCUGACAAGAACUUUCCAAUGGCGGUGUCCUACGGUGUGGCCUUUCCAGUGAUGGUGGUGUUCUGGUUCAUUGUUUUCACUGGCUACGUGGAGAAAUGGGGGCCCAAGAUGCCGCUGAGUGUCCGGUGGAUAUCUGGGUUGUCCCGCGGCGUCUCCACCAGGGCAGUGCUGAGGCUGUUUGUGGUCACUAUCUGUGUGCUCAUCACUUUGCUGAUGGCCAUUCUGAACUUUGUCUUUCUCCCUGAAAAAAAUUGCACCAUGAUCAACAAAACAGAGUUAGAGGGUCUCAGACUCUACACUGUGCCUUACUACCUGUACUGCUGCCUUCUGGCCAUGCUGGGAGUGAUUGUGUUCACCAGGACAUGCAUGUCUGUGAAAACACUGCUGCUCACGCUGGCUGUCGUGGUUUACCUCGCCCUCUUCCUCUAUGUUUACGCUCCGAGAUCCUCCUGCCUCAUCAAACUACUUUAUAAUGGAACUCAACCUGGAGUGCUGAAGGAUCCUCAAAUCAUGGCUGGGAUUUGGCUGACCAUUUUUUACAUUGUAUGCAUCAUACUUGCCAGACAGGAUGAGCUGAGCUGCCGUGUAGAUUUCCUGCUGGAUCGUUGUUUCCAGACGGAAAAAGAAGAGAUGGAAACCAUGGAGAACGUCAACAGGCUCCUCCUGCAGAACCUCAUGCCGCUUCAUGUCGCCUCUUUCUUCAUCGGUAAAACCAUUAAUAACCAGGAUCUGUACAGUGAGUCGUUCGACUGCGUGGGCGUGAUGUUUGCAUCGAUGCCUGAGUUCAAAGAGUUUUACCAUGAGAGCAGCGCCAACAAAGACGGCCUGGAGUGUUUGCGCUUCCUCAACGAAAUCAUAUCAGACUUUGACGAGCUUCUUUCAAAGCCCAAGUUCUCCUCGGUGGUGAAGAUUAAGACCAUCGGCAGCACCUACAUGGCCGCUGCAGGGCUGACAGUCUCACGUGAAUGUAAUGAAAGAAAGAACCAGGAGAUGUCCUACACCAACGUGCGCUCCAUGGUGGAUUUUGCCAUCGCUUUGAUGAACAAACUGGAGGUUAUCAACACACACUCUUUUAACAGCUUCAAACUCAGGAUUGGGAUCAACCAAGGCCCGGUGAUUGCAGGAGUUAUCGGAGCCCAUAAACCUCAGUAUGAUAUCUGGGGGAACUCUGUUAACGUGGCCAGCAGGAUGGACAGCACAGGAGUGCUGGGCAAGAUCCAGGUGACUGAGGAGACGUCCCAGAUAGUCCAGGCCUUGGGAUACAGCGUCACUCUCAGAGGAAAAGUGAACGUGAAGGGGAAAGGGGAGCUCACCACCUACUUUGUUAACACAGAUCAGUCGUUUUCUCAGUUCUGAUCAACCUUAUGCCGCAGGCCAGGGCCCAGACGGGAGCUACAGGUGCUCGCUGUUUGUCCGUAGCAGCUAAACUUGCACUUGCAUGACUCAUUCUUUGUUUCUCCACGUGGGGGGAAAAAAAAAAAAAAACAUCAGCGGGAAGGACUUAAAAUAGAACGCCACUGUAUGUUCAGCCAGGCUCGCAGUCAUUACAAACACCUGCACGGACUCUGUGUGAUAUAACAGCACAGGUCAACACCUGGCUGUCAUUCACAUCCACCAAAGAGCCGCCUUUGUUUUUCUGGAUGAGACUGGUCAAAGGACGACGUGGGACCUCAGCUUGCAGCUGAGAGCCGACAGCUUUCCACCUGUGUGUGUUUACUGUUUCUGUACUGUAUCUGUGUUACCAUGUGAAACUGCUGCAGACACUUUACACUUUAUUAUGAAAACAUUAAAUGAAGCAUGUUUUUGUGUGUGUGUGUGUGUGUGUGUGUACAUUUAUCAUGGAUGACUCACACAAUAUGCAUGUAUAUAGUUAUAAGGUACCAAAGAUUACUACUGUUAUAUGAAGGAUCACUUAGACUUUACAUUUACAGGAUUUUAUUUUAGAUUAUUUGUGUUUCACUACAUAUGUUUAGGUUUUAGAGACGAUUUCUUUGUUUUUCACAUUUGUUUAACUAUAUUGCUGCCUUCAGUCUUUUUUAAGGUAAUGACUGCACAUAUGUUGGCUUGUUAUUGAAGUAAAAACACUGGCAUCGCUCAUAACUUUAGCUGUGUCUGUGAAGGGGUUAUUUAUGUGCAGCGGGAAACAGGUUUGAUACUUCGCUUCAACCUGAUGGGGUCACAAGAUGUUGCAUGUGACGGGAAAGAAUAUAUUUGUGUAAAAUUUAUUUAUUUUUGUGAUUUUUAUUAUUUUCUAACCUGAGCUUUUAUUGCAAAAUCCUAAAAAUGUCCUCACUGCUGGAACCAGAGGGAUUUGAUGCAACAGUACAUCUGAAACAUGAUUUAUUUAUCCACUGUGGCUGAUAACUGUCAUUAGCUAUGUAAAAACAUCUGUAUAUCAGUGCAGUGGUGCCAGAGAGUCACAAGAUGCACAUUUGGAAAUUUUGCACUUUAAAGUGAUUUAUUGUAUGUUUUGAAUGGAGUUCUUUAUUGCAAUCCUAUGUUGAUUGUGCACAGGUUAUUUCUUUUUUAUUAUUAUUUGGAUGUAUAUUACUGUGUGA